CUGGGACCUACCAGAAGAUUUGGUUUGUCAAAUUUUAGGGUUUAUCGGAGAUGGGCUUGCGAUCGAGAAUGCCGGAUCCAGCCCAAGCGGCGCUGCUUGUGAUCGAUGUCCAGGAGUACUUUCGCGGCAUGGCGGAACCGAUCCUUCCGGCGCUGAAUCGAUCAAUCGCCGCGGCUAGGGCGGCAGGGAUCCCGGUUGUCCACACUCGCCACUCGCACAAGGAUCCCUCGGAUUAUGGAAUGCUGGGGGAGUGGUGGGAUCGCAACAUUCUAGAUGGCACUGCCGGGGCGGAGCUUCUUCCCGAGGUGGAUCGACUGGAUGGCGAUAAGAUUGUCCACAAGCGCACCUAUAGCGGCUUCUACAACACCGAUCUGGAAGAUUUUCUCAGGAAGUCCGGUCGAAAGGAGGUGAUCGUCACGGGAGUGAUGACGAAUCUGUGCUGCGAGACCACCGCCCGUGACGCUUUCGUUCGUGGAUUCCGGGUUUUCUUCUCCACCGACGCCACCGCCACCGAGGAGCAAGACCUCCACGACUCGACCAUCAAGAACUUGUCCUAUGGAUUCGCCUAUCUCGUCGACUCCAGCAAGCUCGAGGCAAAUCUCGCCAAGAAGUGAAACGAGGAGGCUGUGAUCUUCGAGGCACCAGCUUUUGGUUAUUCUGUCUUGCAGGCUAAGGCUGAUUCCUCCAUUAUGCUUCUGGAGAGAAGAAUAUAUAUCUUUGUGAGUGGGCUGGGCAUCAGUCACUGCUACACUGGCAAAUGGAUGCCCACCGAUGGGAUUGAUUUUCAUGUGGAAACAAAGCGUGUUCACGAGAGAAGAACCAUUAUUUCCAUAAAGAACCCUAGAACUGGAUCGAGAGGGAUCACAACACAGGUGCAUUGUUUUCGAGCGAUCCGUGGAUGGAUGAAUAGAGAACACCCAUAUUCUGAUACGAUCGAAGAUUUGGGUAGAGCAACCGAUGAUCUGUCACGAACAAUUUUCUGGAGCGAUCGAUGGCAAAUAAAGCCAUGUCUAACAGAUUUCAUUUAAAACACUCCUGGGCUUCGCUGGCCCGCCGCCCGGCCUCGCGCAAUUUCUUAGAACCCUAAAUUUAAGCUCCAUCCCCCUAAA